AUGUCGAAUUCGUUGAGGAAGUCCAAAAUUUCAUCAAUGAUCAACAAAUAUGAAAGCUUGGAACAAAAGAAAAUCCGAGAAAUUCAUAUCGAAGAUGAAGUCAGAAAAGAAAAAGGUGCCCAAAUACAGGGCUCAAAAGCUAGUAACUCAGACAAGGUAGCUGAAAAGGUUACAAAGGAACAACAAGAAAAAGAAAUAGCUGCCAAACAAGCCGCUGAACAAAAAGCUCAAGAAGAGAAAUUAGCACAAGAAAAAGCUGAAGCAGAGAAGGUUGCAAAAGAAGCUGCAGAGAAAAAAGCACAAGAGGAAAAAGAAGCACAAGAAAAGAAGGCUGCUGAAGAACAAUUAGCCAAAGAAGCAGAAGAAAAAGCAAAACAAGAAAAAGAGGCUGAAGAAAAGAGAGCAAAAGAAAUUGCUGAGAAGGAAGCCGCUGAAAAGAAAACCCAAGAAGAGAAAUUAGCAAAAGAGGAAAAAGAAGCUGCUGAGAAAGCUGAAGCAGAGAAGGUUGCAAAAGAGGCUGCUGAAAAGAAGGCCGCCGAAGAGAAAGCAGCUGAAGAAGAGAAAUUAGCCAAAGAAAAAGCCGAAAAGGAAGCUGCUGAAAAACUCGCAAAAGAAACUGAAGAGAAAGAGAAAGAGGCUGCUGAAAAAUUAGCCAAAGAACAGGCCGAAAAAGAAGCCGCAGACAAAAAAGCUCAAGAGGAAAAAUUAGUACAAGAAAAAGCUGAAAAAGAAGCCGCCGAGAAAGUUGAAGCCGAAAAGAAAGCAAAAGAGGAGAAAGAAGCUGCUGAAAAAGCAAAACAAGAAAAAGAGGCUAUUGAGAAGAAGGCUCAAGAGGAAAAAGAAGCGGCUGAGAAAUUAGCAAAAGAAAACGCAGAGAAGGAAGCUGCUGAAAAAGCUGAACAAGAAAAAUUGGCCAAAGAAGCUACUGAGAAGAAGGCUCAAGAGGAAAAAGAAGCUGGUGAGCAAAAGUUAAAAGAAGAGAAAGCCGCCGAAGCAGAUAAACAAGUCGAAGAACCAAAAUCUGAGACGCAACAAGAAGAAGUUCAAAGAGAAGAAGAACAUAAAGAAGAAACAAAAGAAGAUGAAAUUCCAACUCAACGCAUCAUGUCUAAAGGAGAAAAGAAAGCGCGUAAGGCAUUAGAGAAAGUUGGACUUGUCGAAGUUCUGAAUGUCAUUGAAUUUUCGAUGAAACGUGCUGAUGCGAAGUUUGUGAUUCACAGCCCAGCAGUUUUCAAAUUGCCCGGCUCAGAGCAGUAUGUCGUUUAUGGAGAACCAAGAAACGAAAUUGUUGAUGAGAAAACACGAAGACUCUUCGAACAACUUCAGAGAGAUAUGGCUGAGAAACAAGCUGCAGACAUCGAUCACCAUGAAGUACCACAGACUGAGAAGACUGAAUCUUCUACUACAAAUGCAGAAGAAGAUAAUGGCUAUACACCAGUCGAGGCAGAUGUCUCUGUUUUAAUGGCACAAGCCAACACAACACACGAAAAGGCGUACGCCGCACUCAAGAAGACAAAGGGUGAUUUGGUUAAUGCGUUCUUUGAAUUCCAGUAA